CAAUACGGUAUCACGUGCUGUGCGUGUGCCUGGCGUUUACCCUACGCCGGCGAGGGAUUUGCCGGUUUCAUGGACAAAAUUUCGAAUUCGUUUCUGAUUUCAAAGCUCCAGACUCCCUCCUGACUUCACUUCGCUCCGUCUUCCUUGUCUCGUUCUCCUCCUUCCCUCCUGUCCUCUCCGUUGUGGAUCUAGGGCUAGGGUUAGUUUCUUCCCUUUUCUUUAUGGAGAAUCCUACGCUGCGGCUGGUCGUAGAGAAGGGCCCGAAGGAGGGGGAGACCCUGGAGUGCAAGCACCGUGCCCUCACACGCAUCGGCCGCGUCGUGAAGGGCAACACCUUCGCCAUCCGGGACCCCGGCAUCUCUCAGAAGCACCUCGCCUUCGAAUUCCUCUCCGAUGUUUCCCGGUGGGCUGUCUAUGACCUUGAUACCUCUAAUGGCACCCUCGUCAACGACGCCAAAGUCGCACCCUCCGUCCCCUUCCUCCUCUCCGACGGCGACUCCAUCAAGAUCGGCGAGAUGACUUCAAUCUCCGUCAGGAUCUCCGGGGAAAGGCCUCAUAUUGACGUGGCGCUGCCGCUGGAGGAGAAGGAAGAGAUGACUUGGGCUCGGCAGCGGGGGCGGAGGAGAGGAGCACCUCCUGCAAGAUCUGUGGCCGAGCCGCCCUCGGAUGCGGUCGUGGAGGAGGAAAGUGAAGCGCCGGCGAGAUAUGGUUUGAGGAGGAGAGGGAGAUCGAAGAAGGCUUCUGUUUCUUCCAGAAUCUCAAUGAAAGAUGAAAUUUUGGACGCCGUGGUGGUGGAGGAGAGUACUGAAGUAUCAAAGAAUGCAGGGAGGGGGAGAGGGAGGGGAAGAAGGCCUGCAACAAGGGCUUCUUCUGCUAGGUUUUCCAAGGAGGAGAAGCCUUUGGGUUCAGUUCCAGUAACUAAUGCAGAGACUGUGGAAGCUACUGAGAAGGGGGAUUUCAGGGUGGAAGCUAAUAAUACUGGUGAUGGGGUGAAAUUGGCUGAGAGAGGAGCAGGGGAGGUGGGGCAAGAGAAGGGAGAAGAUGAUAUGGAUAAGAUGACCCUCGGGGAGUGGUUUGAUCGAAUGGAAAAGUUCUUGCCCAUGAUGAUUAAUGACAUAUCAGAGGAAAUCAUUUCAAGCUUGAGGGAGAAAGCUCAGCGCUUUGAUGAAUUCAUAGUUCAAAGUGCGAAUGCCAACUAAUUCAUAUGGGUAUGUUGAACGCUCUCAAGCAAAGAACAAUUCCUUCCUAUAUAUUGACCAUAGAAUUUAAUUUCUUGCUUCACCUAUUUCCUCAUGACAUCCUGAGUGAUCGAAUUUGUAUGGCUUUGUACAAUGACAGUAUGUAUGCGUUAGAUAGGAGGAAUGGAAACUUUAGUGGUUCUA